AUGACCCUCACGGACGAGCAGGUCCACGCGCUGUUCGACAUCUUGUCGCACAGAGAGACAUACACGGAGAUUGAGGCGUUCAAGACACCAGACGCCGUGACAGACUAUGGGUACCCGUUUUCAAGGACGGCGGCCCCGAGUCUGGUGGUGCAGCAGCCGCAGCCCACAGGCGGAGGAGGCCUAUCCGGCUGGCUGCGCAGCGCGACGACAACGCCCCUAAACUCGGCGCCGGGGACGCCCCGAUCCAGGACGCCCGUGCCGGCGGCGGACCAGCAAGACGCGGCGUCAUCGGAGAAGGGGAGCGUCCAGGGCAGGAAGGGUGGCAACGGGAGCACAGAGGGCGAAGGGGAUGACGACAACGACGACGCAGACAGCGGCACCCCGAUGCUGCAGGCCCUGCUGACGGGUUUCCUGCUGCCGCUACCCUGGCUGAGGGACCUGCCGCGCGGGUUCUGGAGCGUGCGCGUGCAGGGCAUCCUGGCGCGCAUGGGCGCCGCGGACCUGUCGGAGAGCUACGACAAGGGCGCGCUGGGGACGCGGAAGAUGCUGGCGACGGGGGCGAGUGCCGUGAUUGAGAUGCUGGGGCGGGGGGCGCUGAGCGGCGUGGAGAGGGCGCCGUCGUCUGCUGCGGGCAGGGACGAGGGCGGCGAGGACAAGCACAGCAAGGUCAAGGGUGGCAAGGACAAGCACGACAAAGGAUCAUACGACGUGAACAAGCCGGAGGACUUGGCGAGGGCGUGGGACGACGUGGUGCAGCAGCUCGUCUAUGGGGACUUGGUCGACGAGCUGUUUGAUCACAUUGCCAAGACGGACGACUUUGAGAGCCACUCGCCGGCCGUCAAGACCGCAGCCGAGUACACGCUGAUACACCUCGCCGCCUUUGCGCACCGCGUCUUCAUCGGCUCGCCCGAGGGCCAGUACCUCCUCAAGCUGCUCGAAAACGUGCACUCGCUCAUCCCCUACAAGCUCAUCAAGCAGACGCUGCGCGUCGGCAACGCCGCCACCAUGAUCAACGGCAUGAUGCGCCUGCUGCUCGCCAAGCUGAGCGUCACGAGCGUCACCAACUGGUUCGGCAUCACGCAGAGCGCCGACGACGGCAUGAACCUGCUGCAGCGCAUCGUCUCCCUCGUCCUGGGCUGGGACGCGGGCGAGUUCCGCAAGGUCGCCGACAAGAUCGAAAAGGACAAGGCGCCGCCGUCGGAGGAGGUGCUGCGCGUCAUCCGCGAGCACGUCGCCGCGCCGAGGGAGGAGCACGAGCUUGUCCGUCGUGCGAGCCGCGCGAAUGACCAGUCCAUCGUCGUGGCUAUCCUCUGCGCCUCGGACGACCCGGCGCGCGCGGAGGGGCUCACCGAGGAGCACCACGCGCGCUGCCUUGAGUACUACUCUGCGCUGCUGUCGGUGCGCGACCGCGACGCCAUCGCCGCUGCGCUGUGCAGGCAGACGCCCGACCUGUUUACGCAGGCCAUCAAGGACCUGGUGGCGGCGUAUGACCCCAUGAUCCGCAGCGUGCACGCGCGCGUCGACAUCAAGGAGCACCUGGACGGGGCGCAGGGCUUCAUCGACGACUUUAUCCGCGCGAGCAAGCCCAAGAAGAAUGCCGGCGGGGUUGAAAGCCUCGCUGGCGUGGACGAGUAUGUCGAGCUGCUGCGUCGUAACAAGGGGCUCUUGUAUCGCUGCAUGAGCGCCGUGGCGGCGCGCUGCGAUGAUGUGUGGGCGGACUUGAGGGUGUGGACGAACGCCGCGGCGAGGAAGUUCCGCAAGGACGAUGGAGACUGGAAGGGGAGCGUGGGGGAGCGGCUGGGGAGCAUGUUUGCUGGCUUGGAGGACGAGGACACAAAGAAGCGUAUCCUGCAGGCCGUGGACGCGCAUGCGACGUACCUGUCUACGCUCAACGACCUCUCCUCUGCGCGGCUGCAGUUCCUCGUCACCACAGCCGCCAACUCCAACUCCUCCAACUCCUCCACCUCGACCUCAUCCUCGGCAUCUUCACCGACGGUCGGGGUCUUGACCGAGGGCCCGGGCGUGUACCUCGCGCGCUGGCAGUCCCUCCUCGACGAGACGCUCAUCACACCCGCGGUGCCGCGGGGCGGUGCGUUCCGCAAGGGCAGGGACGUGAAGCACACGGUAGCGAUGGGCAAGACGGGCGUGGGUGGUGGCAAGGUGGCGCCAGCAAGGGAGGGCGAGGGGGCGGCGCCCGCGUCGGCUACGACCAGCGGGGGAGGGGCUGGCGUCGAGGCGCCGGAUGUGAGCGUUGUGGUGGAGGUGCUGGGAGGGGCGUUUAGGGAGUUGGUGAGGGAGAGGGCGAGGGUGCUGAGGGGGAUGGGGGAGUUGAAGAGUGCAGAGAAGAGCGGAGCAUGA